UCGUGGCGCAAAGUGUCAGCGAGUUUCAGUGAGCUGGUUCUGUGAGUGACCCUGAUCCCCUCGCGUGUUCUGUGACAGUCCGGUUCGCGGUUCGCAGAUCGCAGAGACCGAAAGCCCGCCAGUAGUUGACGAGUCCUCGCCGAAGAAACUUUGCCGAGCGGCAUUUACGCAGAGCGCAGCGCAGCAAACCACGAAGCAGCAUGAAGACACUCGGUGGUGUUCUACUCGUCGCGGCGUGCCUCGUCGCGUGCGCGAACAGUUUCCCCGGUGCGCGCGAAGAUGACAGCGACGAAAGGAAAUACGUGGAUCCGUUUUUCGAACCUGUAGCUUUCGAUAUUCCCGACGUGAACCAGGAGAUCUCUCAGAUCUACAACCAGAUGUACAGAUGGUACUUGUCCAUGAAAGAUCACUUGAGGGGAAUGAUGGAUCCCGGAUUGUUCGGCGGUCCUUGGAGCAAAAUCCCUAAAACGGCGAACACGACCUCUACCACCAAGGUGAUCGACGGACACGUGGUCGUGAUCAACGAGACCACGUACACGGACGACGAGGACGGAUACAAAGCUGUGUUGCGCUUCAGCGUGAUCGACAUCAGGCCCAAGAACGAAACGAACACGGCCGAGGAGAUGACGGUGUCCCCGGUCGCCGAGGAGACCGAUAUCCCGAAGAACGAAGUGGAGACCCUCGAUGCUUGAAACGUUUAAAUCGUCGAAACGAUUCGUCGCGAAAUUGAAUCCGAAGCGACGCCUUCUUCGAACGAAUGUACGCGUCUCUCAGAAUUUCGGAAACGUUUAAACGCAGCUUAUUCUUGUUAGCGCUUCUUCUACCAGCGUAUCGGCGAACUUCGAAGACGAUCGCGAGCCAAAUGUUUUCCGUUUCGAGGGCGAACGAAUCACCGAUUCGGAUUCAAUUUCGACGAGAUCCCCCGACCGUACCGUUGAUCGACCGACUAUCGCGCGUCGAUAGCGCCUCGACUAUCGUAGUAUGUUAGAAAUGGUACAUAUACAUAUAUUAUAUACAUACGUUACCUAAUAGUUAUCUCGAACGCUAUAACAAAGCGACAUUGUUGUAACUCUUAAAAGUGUUUAUUUCGUCGCGAACGCGACGACGAGCAAGCUGUCUUCCUAUGCAGCGUAUUCCAUAUAAGAUUUAUCAACAAUACCGUAUCCGCGAAUCGAAGACGAAACGACGAUAUAUUUCGAGCGAUCGUACGUCCAGCUGCUGUGCGUUGGAAAGACCGAUUUCUUCGACGCAGGCUCGAAACUGCGAAAACGCGCGUACGAUGUGAACGCGAUCGAAAAAUACGAGGUACGUCCUUUUGCCGCGCGAUCGCGGAUGCGGUUGCAGAUCGCGCUAUCUUUAAUAUCCGACAGUGAUAAGUAUUUAUAGAAAGAAGUGAGAAGCUCUUCCUAUGUUACAAAAAGUAACAACAACUGCUGACAGGUGAAUAAGAUUUCUCUUCCGCUCUCCUCCAUCCGGAACCCGCGUUCCUUUUCUAACUCCUGGAGAAUCCUGACAAGAAUAUAGCGUAUAACGAAAAUUUUAUACCAACAUUUUAUUUUGUUUGUACCGUCAACGUAUUUCAUUUAUACCGAUGAAUCCUCGAAAGGCAUUUAGAAGCGCGUAAAUGCAGUUUAAUAUCAGCCAGCCUAAGAGACAGACGAACCACAAUCAUAGCUUCCGACUGAGAGAGGAUUAAGCUGAAAAAUAGAUUCUCUAUUUUUGUAUAACGCACGAUGUAAUUUUUCGCCUGAAAAUUAUUUUCCGAUGACAAAUUUUAGUAUAUUAUAAAUAAAUACCGUUGACACGAA